AUCCGUUCUGAUCUGCUCCGAUGUUAUACUCCAUCCUUGAUAUCGGCCAUACAUGAAGGCCAGGACAUCACGCCGGCCGGCACUCGCAGAGUCCGACGGUCGGCCUUCAGUUCCCAGCAGAAACCAUCUAGGAAGAGCCCCACGUUGAUCAACUCCACCGCGACUUUUGUCACUCGUCAGGAUGGCGGCCGAGGAAGCGAACUGCGGAACUGAAGAAAUGAUUGACCCAGACAAUUCGGUUUGGGUGAAGGGGGAGAGGAAAAAUUGGGGAUGAUAUAAUCCGGAAGGGUUACGCCAUUGCCGUUACGUUUCUCUCCGGUUGUCAUUCUCAUUCUUUUCUCCCCCUCGCUUUAUCCCUUAUCUGAUCUUCCUAUCUCAUCAAGGUGGAACGUCCUCUUGUCGACAUCAUGGCCCCGCUCACGCUGCAGGCCACUCAGAAGAUGGUCUCGGGAUAUGAGAUCCCGGUGGUUGGGUUCGGUGUGUAUCAAACUCCCCCGGAUGUCACGGAGAAUGUGACACUGAAGGCCCUGGAGACCGGAUACCGCCACGUCGACAGCGCUAAGUACUACGAGAACGAAGCCCAAUGUGUCGACGCCGUCCGGAAAUCCGGCGUCGACCGGUCCCAGAUAUUCUACACGACUAAAGUCCCCGCCACCCACAUGUCGUAUGAGAAGGCCAAGGAGGCGAUCGAGGCGAGUCUUGCGGACGCCGAGGGCAUCGAAUACAUUGAUCUCGUGCUACUCCACGCCCCCUACGGCGGCAAGGAAGGUCGACUGGGCGCGUGGCGCGCUCUCGUGGAGGCUCAGAAGACCGGCAAGAUCCGCUCCAUCGGAGUCUCGAACUACGGCGUUCACCACCUGGAUGAGCUGGAAGAGUACAUCAACAGCGGCGUGGGUGGACAGAUCUCCGUCGGCCAAUACGAGAUCCACCCGUGGUGCACAAGAGAGGACAUCGUCGCCUGGCUGAAGAAGCGCAACGUGGUGGUCGAGGCUUACUCGCCUCUGGUGCAGGCCACGCGCAUGAAGGAGUCAAUUCUGCAGCGCCUGGUCCGGAAGCACAACAAAUCCGGCGCGCAGAUCUUGAUCCGCUGGAGUUUGCAAAAGGGCUACGUCCCCCUCCCCAAGUCGGUGACCGACUCCCGCAUCAUCGAGAACUCGCAGGUGUUCGAUUUCGAACUGACCCAGGAAGACAUGGACACAUUGAAGACGAGCGCCUACGCGCCUGUCUGUUGGGAUCCGGCCCGCGAUUCCCGUUUGUAGAGAAAAGGACGACAGGCGUAGGCAGCAGCGAGCGUGUGGGAUCUCUCAGCGACCAUAUAAAUCCCCAACCAUAGAAUAGAAACAAUAGAAUACCCUGACAGCCGUGCACGCAGGUCCUCAGGAAAA